UCAAAGAAGGAAUCUUUGAGUUUUGUAGCCACAUGCAGCUCAACGUGUCUUACUCACGGACACGAGGAGCAUGAAUUCUGUGAAUGGCGUUAUGGUACUGAUGAUGAUCCUGAGUCCUCGCUGCUUUACGUCAGGCAAUACUUGUGGAAUUGUGGAAACAAUCAACAAUUUGCAAACCUCAGCAGAGGAAACUACUUUGAAGAAACUUCUCUUCGAAACAGAAGAUUUACUUUCAAAACAUUUUUUUGGACAAGACUUUUUUUUUUGUUUUUGGAAACACUGAGACUGUUGCUGCUGUCCCUCUAGGCAGGUAGUGAUAAACUGAAUCACUACUUUUCAGGGGGAGGCAGAUAGCAAUAAAGCAAGGACUAAAACAUGAGACAAGACAAAAGACAGAUAAAAAGAAGAGAGAUGGCACCAGUGGAAAAAACAUGUUUAUCCUCCCUGGACUCUGAAGCUAAACCUAAAAGGAGAAAUAACACGGAGUCUGGAGCGAAGCAGCAAACCCAGUGGCAGCAGUUGGACUGGUACUCAGAGCGGGUCCCUGCUGUGCUCAGUCCCACCUACAAGCAACGCAACGAAGACUUCAGGAAGCUGUUCAAGCAGUUGCCUGACACUGAGCGCCUCAUCGUGGACUAUUCCUGUGCACUACAGCGGGACAUCCUCCUGCAGGGACGCCUCUACCUCUCAGAAAACUGGAUUUGUUUCUACAGCAAUAUAUUCAGAUGGGAAACACUGCUGGUGGUUCGACUGAAGGACAUCUGCUCCAUGACCAAGGAGAAGACAGCCCGUCUCAUUCCCAAUGCUAUCCAGCUGUGCACUGACAAUGAAAAGCACUUUUUCACUUCAUUUGGGGCGAGGGACCGGACAUACAUGAUGAUGUUCAGACUGUGGCAGAAUGCUCUUCUUGAAAAGCCGUUAUGUCCUAAAGAGCUGUGGCACUUUGUCCAUCAGUGUUAUGGUAAUGAACUCGGUCUAACCAGUGAUGAUGAGGACUAUGUCCCGCCUGACGAGGACUUUAACACCAUGGGCUGCUGUCCAUCUCCAUGGUGCAGGUAUUGCGAGGAGCUUCCUGUGGAGGAGAGCACGGAGAACAACGACACCAGCAACAACCUCACCAAGAACACCGAGGCUAAGCCGGACAUCAGCCCUGUUCUGCCCCUCAGAACCUUCAGCAGUGCUCAACUAGAGCUGCCCAGAACUGACUCUCCAGUCCCGUGUGACGUGUCCCCUGUGGAGGACGUGUCCAGCCCUCUCCUCGACGCAGACCUCCUGAUCCUCCCCACACCUGAGGACCACAGCGACCAAACCCCUUCGCCAUCACUGGGCCUCGACGACAAUGAGGAGCUGCCAACAGAGCUCAGUGACUCAUCUGAGACCCACGACGAAGUUGAGGUGCAAGCUUUCCACCAGGACUUGGGUGGCAGGCAAUACAUCAACAGGGUGUACAAGCUGGGUGUCGACAAGAUGUAUGAAUUACUUUUCACCGAGUCGGAGUUCAUCAGGGACUUCCGGACACAGAGGGGUUUCUCAGAUCUUGUGUAUCACCCUUGGACAAAAGAGCAGGAUGGAAACAAGACCAGAGAUGUCAUGUACACCGUUGCGCUGAGUAAUCCUCUGGCUCCAAAGAUGGCCACUGUCACUGAGACACAGACUCUGUACAAGGCCAGUCAUGCAAACGGGUGCUACAUCAUCGAUGCUGAGGUGAUCGCCCAUGACGUCCCCUACCAUGACUACUUCUAUACUCUCAACCGCUACAUGCUCACCAGAGUGGCCAAGAAUAAGAGUCGUCUGAGGGUGUCAACAGAGGUUCAUUACAGGAAGCAGCCGUGGGGUAUUGUGAAGGGCUUCAUUGAAAGGAACUGCUGGAGUAGCCUUGAUGACUACUUCAGAAACCUGGACCUGGAUCUGAAUAAGUUGGAUGUGAUGUUGAUGGAGCCCCACAGGCAGUCACCCAGGACCAAGGCUCUCAGGACGAGCACGAGCCGGAGGAGAAAACAGACACUGGUCAAUCACCUGAGGCCACCGGGAAAUCUGGACGCAGUCCUGAGUCCUGCAACCACUCCGGAGGAUGAGGAGGACAUCCGGCACAUCAAGCACGUGGCAGGAUCCACUCAGACGAGACACAUUCCUGAUUCCCCGGGGGGCCUCGCACUUUACAACUUCUCCAAACUGCUGCUUUUUGUCAGCCUUGUCCUGAUACUGCUGGUGGUUCUAAACGUCAUGCUGUUUUAUAAGCUGUGGAUGCUGGAGUACACCGCUCAGAGACUCACUGCAGAGCAGGGAUUCACCGCACAACAAAGCAAAACCCCUCAGUCCCAGAUGGAAUGGGUACAACUCCUGGACUCCCAGCAGCGUUACCAUGACAAUGAGCUCCAGAAAUGGAAACUGCUAAUCAAAUCAUCAUUGCUGCUGCUCGACGAGCUGAGAGAAUCCCUCCUCGAACUCCAUAAAAGCAUCGGCCUCAGAGACGACGACGACGACAACAACUCAGAUGCUGGCGAAGAAGAAAACAACCAGUAUCACUGACGAAAUAAUCUCGAGGUGUGUGGACAUGAUGUGCAAUAUUCAACCGAUACCUUUUCUGGUUGUGUGGAGAGUGUGGCAGUGUGGAAAAAAAGGCCAUGUCUGGAGGUAAAAAACACCACAAUUACAACCUGUAGAGAGACAAAUUCAUUGGUAGCCUCACUUCAAUAUCUACAUCUACCUGCUGCAGCUUUAUAUUCAUCCUUAUGGUUCUUCACAAAGUCUUUAUUUAUUUAUUUUGUAUCGUUUUUGUCACAAGCAGAGAAAGAUCAGACUGAACCAAAGCAACUUCUGAUUCUUUAUAUAUAUGUAUUUAUAUAUAUAUAUAUAUAUAUAUACAUAUAUAUAACUCCAACAGCUGUUGCAUCAUUUCAUUCAGCAGAACAAUGAGGAAUCCAAAUGUAACAUAUGUACAGUGUGUGAGUGUGUGUGUGAGUGAGAGAGAUUUAUAAUGUGAAUAGCAAUCAGGGCUAUUUGUACCAGACAUAUUUGUCAGAUCGGGGCAGGAAUCCCUGAGACAUCAUGCCAUAAUUUUGUGACUCAACAUAGUAAAUUUUGUUUUCUAAGGCAUUAAAUAUCCUGAGCUUCAACUCAGUGACGCGUUGAUAAGGAGCGUUUGAUUAACAAGUCGAGAGAAUGAACGCAAAGAAAACAGAACGCUGGCUGUGUGUUGCCAAGAGAAUAAAAAAAGCAGCUUUUUUUGCUCACGUUGAAAUAAUAACGCUACUCCAUCUUUUUGAUAAUGAUUCUUUGACCCCCCCCCCGCUGCAUCAUCAUCACUGCCACGGUUCACAUUUAUGUGGAUUGCGUCAUUUCACGUGGAUCGCACCGGCGUUCUGUGGACCAACGAUUAAGCUAAGUGUCAGCAAUAAAGCAAACAUAAAAAAAUAAGAAACUUUAUUUAUGCAGCGCCUUUCAAGACAGAGUGCUUCCCUGUGAUGAACCAGGAUUAAACAUCUGUGGAAAAUAUAGGAUUUGGGAUGGAAAUAAUACAGAAAUUGCGAUCUAAAAUCUAACAUAAAACAUACUAAAACUAAUGAGUCAGUGGAAAUGACGUCACCUGCUGUCCUCCCCCUGUCAGGCAUGUAUAAUUCUGUGCUUAUUUGUAUUAUUCUUAUUCCACUGGCCCCCACUUUGAGAACAGCCGUAUUAAAGAAUGUGUCCAUGUUUCAGUAUAGGUUUAGUUGGCUUCUGUCAGCAUGCGUACUGUACUCAUCUGUAUCGAUACGAGACAGGGUCAGUUUCAUUACCUGAAUUCAGUGGCAUGAGCAUGAAAGUCGCACACACACGCCACGAGUGAAACGUGUGACAAAUUUCAAAGCCAUCACAAAGCUGUAAUCCUCCUGAAGGUUCUGUACCACGGUGAUGCAUGCAGAAUCCCCUUUGAUGACUGUUUCUCACAAGUAAGUAGCCCCUCCGCUAUGUGUCGCAUUCAAGGACACUCACCAAAAAAAAAAUGUAAAUGACCUAAUGAUAUGUAUACUUGCAUUGAGUACUUUGUGUCUGCAAUACUGAACCGGCAGGUAUUAAUUAAUUGGGGGGGUAAAGAGAGGAAGAUGUCACCAAACAUCGAACUGUAACUGUUGCAUCUUUGAGAGGAGGCAGGGAAGGAAGGGUCUUGUGUGCGGAAUCUGUCGUCAUGACACAACAAAGCACAAAUAAACUGCAUUCUCAGUUACCUUUCAUGAGAACUUCAUUUAUCUCAUUAUGUCACUUAUUUACAUGUCUACAGACGUGCAUAUCAAUGAGUUUGAUAGUAUUUAAACUACUGGUGGCCCUUUCGUGAUAAAUGAGAAAAUCAAGGUGAUUACAUGUUGGGUUUGUGCUAUGCUUAUGAUAGGAAUAAGAAUAAACUAUCACUGUUUUAUCCAAUCUCCUGCUUUUUGCACAUGUGCGAAAGUGUAAGCGAGAAUGCAGUUUAAUUGUGAGAACGUCUGUUGCAUCACAGUGUGUCCAUAUUGAUCUGCAUAUUAAUAUUAUAUUAUAUAUUAUAUUGAGCUGAUGUAUUUAUACAGAUACAAUUCUGUGUAUAGUUGUGUAUGAACCACGCUGGCAGUGGAAUCAAUGACAAAUACGAUGUUUAUUAGAAAAAAAAAAAGUUCUUACAGAGGCCUCACAGUCAUAUUGGAGGAAAUGAAUAAAAGUGCAAAAAGAAA